CUGUUGAAUCUGCCGCUCGGAGUGGAGCGAUAGCGGGAGGGGCGGCGGCGGCGCCCACGUCGAAGUGUUGAAUCAGCGGCCAGCAGGGCUGUGAGUAAACGCAUGACGCAGGCGCAGUGUCAGCCGCCAGCCCCCCCUCCCUCCCCCCGUCGGCCCGCCGUCUCUUCGCCGCGUUCAAUGGACGAAAAGUGCAGCCGCGAACAGCUCUCAGCUCCCGCUCCUCUCGCCAAUGGAGACGCCCAGCAGCAGCGAGGUGGCGGCGACCUAAUCACCAAAGCGAGCGAUGUCUCAGACGGUCAGAAAGCGAAGAAAAAGAAGAAAGCAGGUUUUGAAGAAUUAAAUGGUGAUGCAGGAUCAGAGGACGAACUUGAAUCUACAGCAAGCCAGGAAACUGAAGAGUUAAACUUGAUUUCUUCCAGCACAGUUAACGGCAGGAAGCAAUUUGUAGACACUAAUUUCAACCCCAGGCACACAACAAAAACUAUUGUACACAACAGAGUGGUUAAUAAAACAAAGAAUUAUAAUCAAAAAAACAGUAUGGACAAAAAAAAUGAUAAAGUCUUUGAGAAUAAAUCUAGGGACAACAGAUCAAUUGAGAAAAAGGAGGCUUUGUCGUUUCUCAAUGGUGUUAUAUCUAGCAGCUCUGGGUGUAUUACAAAUGGAUUUUCUGUCAAGAAUUCAGCUGACAAUGACGGUAGUGGGUCUGAGAGUGGUUACACUACUCCGAAGAAACGCAAGGGCAGGAGGAAUAGUGACAAAGGUGUUGAGAACUUAAAUUUGUUUCAAGACAAAAUCAUGCAGCACGAGGGGAAUCCACUAACCCCAAAAUUAGAUCUUGAGAACACCAAACUUGAGUUACCUGAGCAGAAGGCAAGUCGUUUGGAAAAUGCUAAACCUAGUGGUAGGUAUGAACUGGCAACAGUUAAUGCAGCUGGAGCUCGUGGGAAGGUGGGAGUUGGUGAAACUCAACGAAAAAAUUCAGAUGGAAAACCUAGUGGAGGUAAGAAAUACGAAGAGAAACCUAAAUCAAAAGCAGCAUCUGUAACUUCAAAGGAAGAUUCCUGGACCCUCUUUAAGCCACCUCCAGUCUUCCCAGUGGAUAACAGUAGUGCAAAAAUUGUUCCGAAGAUUAGUUAUGCAAGUAAAGUUAAAGAGAACCUCAACAAGUCAUCCUCUAAUCAGUCACUGGCUCUGGACACUCAGACACAAGCUUCAGGUCGUUUGUCACAGGUUCCUAUGUCUGCUGUGAAAACUGUCACCUCAACUAGCUUUUCCAAUGGCUUGGCUUCAGUAGUGACUGAUGGGCAUAUUGGUGUUUCAGGGGUCCAGACAGUUACUACUGCCAACACUGUAGUGCCUGCCUCAUCUGGGAGUGAAACUUCUGUGUCCCCUGAUGGCACAGACCCAGUGGCCACAGAACAAAGAAAGCAGGGUCUCUUUGUCUACCCUUCAAAUAUGCAAUCGGUGCUUCCUGGCACAGCACAGGUGGAACUACCGUCACAAACAACUCAACAAAACCUGGGGGAUAUUUUCCAGAACCAGUGGGGGUUAUCUUUUAUAAAUGAGCCAAGUGCUGGCCCUGAGCUAGCCACUGUAAAAUCUGUGGACAACCCACCUCUGGAUUUGACAUUUCAAGCUGAAUGUGCAGCCACUUUGGUUUCACAGGGCACUGAACUAUCUUCAGGAUCUGAAAUUCCUGUGUUUCCAAAGGCAUAUGAACUAGACAAACGGACUAGCCCUCAGGUUCUCAGCAAUGUCAUGAAGACUGCCACAGUGGCUGCUAGUGUUUCUGCUGAGAGCACGGCCCGGUCUGUGGAGCCACAUGUUAGUGAACUGCAAAAGAUGGCUGCUACGAGCCAAAGUGCAAUAGGUUUUGCCCCGAAGGACCUUGGGAAUGAAACACCACAACAGGCCUCUUCUACCAAUGCUUUGGUGCCAUCAGCCAAAGAACACCAUCCAAGGUACCACAGAGGCUCUGACAGAAAAGACAGCUUUGGGUCAUUUGACUUGAAAUCCGCUGUUAUGUAUCACACUAAAGAAAUGGACUCUAUAUGGAACUUGCAUAAACAAGAUCCUUCAAGAGUAGUUACCUAUGAUGAAUCUAUGGACCGUCCUGGCCAAUGAAGUCAGCUUAGUGAACUGCCUGUUUUCAUUGUUGCUGCAAGCCACUGUCUGGAAGCGGUUAUGCUCCUUUUUUAAAAAAUCAUCUCUUAAGCAGUGGGCCAGUUCAGGAGAAACAUUCAAAACAAAAAAAAACAAAAAAUAUUUUUUAAAAAACGCAAACUGAAUUUGAGUGAGUGCAAAGAGUGUGUCGUACAGUUAUUUCGAUGGACUCUAAUUGGGUAUUUAAUGACCUCUGGUACUGAACUUAUCACAAAGCAAAACCUGAACGCAAUGAAUAGUGGACUUUUUACUUAAAUCGGGUUCUUAAGGUCCUGCUGGUGUAAUGUCAGGCUCCAGUGAACCACUGAAGGGGCUGUCCCACUUCACAAAGGCUGCAUUUUGCUGUGAGUGCACCAAGAUUCCACACGGGAAAACAGGAGGAUUUGCAGAACUUUUUAAAAACCCCAAAAAAAAGUUAUGCUGGAAUAAUGCCUUGAAGUACAGUGUGUGUUUUUCUUUUUCCUUGCUGCAACAUUCUCAGAUUUUGCUGGGAUUAAGAUGGUCUAUUAGGCCUUGGGGAAAAUUGUCUUAACUCAUCACUGGGAAGAAAUCGAAAUCACAGACAACUGCAAUAUUAAAUGAUGCAGGUCUAAUCGUUCACUGAUCAGAAAGACCGUGCUCCACCUGCAGAGGGUCUAUUAUGUAAAUCGUGGAGUAAUUCAACUUGGGUAUUUAAUGUUGUACAAUUCUUUCCCUUUUAAUUUUGUUAAAAAUUUGCCAUUGUAUGUGUUAGUAACAUAAACUGCACUGCUUUUGCUAUAGGGGCUUUACAUUCGCUGUCCUUCUCUAGGCCAUUAAAAUAUCUCAUUCAUUAGAUUUCCUUGUUGCGUAUCUGGCCUUAACUAUUACUAAAUGACAUGUAUUUGCUUACUAUGCCCUCCUUUCCCUUUUUAAUAUCACCUUGCUUUUUAAGACUUGCAUUUUCAUGCACUAUAUACCAGAAUCGUGCAACAAGAACAUAAUUUUUUUUUAAAAAAAAGAAAAAAAAAGUAGAUUUUAAAAAGUCAAAUUAAAAUUGGAUCACUCUCCUACAUUCUUUAGCCCUUUUACAGAACAGUUUCUGUCAAAAUUGACUAUUUGGUUAUUGAAUUCUAAUGCAUUCUGUGUAGUCCACAGCUUUAUUGCUGCUUCUAAACUCUAUUAAAGAUAUAUUUUUAAUAUGAAAAAUGUGCUUGGAUUUUACAAAUCGGCAAAGUGCUUUACGGCAAUAUUAGAAGUGAGUGAAGAGUGUGCAGGCAUGGACUUCUGAAUGUGCAACGGUAGUUAUUAAACACUACAGCUUGUGCAGCAUGUAAGACUAGACGCCAGAGUGGAGAGAUUUGUUUUUAACGUUCCUGUGGCUUUAUGCUGUCUUGCGAAGUAAAUGUCCUCUAUCUAAUUUCUGCACUGUGGUUGUGGAAAAUGUAAUGUGCUCCACACAGCUCCUCCCCAGAUGCUUGUGCUUCCUUUUCCAUUUGAUUAUCUUUCAAGCGCUAGACAAAACUUAACCCUCUAAUUUGCUUAAUAAACUAAAAUCUUACAAUGCCAAAUAUAUUUCUUCUGAUCUCAUUGUGAAAAUAGCCCAUUUCUGGGGAGAACAUUUUCAAGCUAGCAUACUUUUUUAGGGACAGAAGUGUGCUUGCAUGAUGGUAGCUGAGAUUAACUUUGUUGCCCAAAGCAUUUGGGUGCAGGAUCUGACCAGCUACUAUGAUUUGUAGAAAAGCUUAAGUAUGCCUUUACACAGCUAUAUGAAAAAGCAGGAAACCUCAUCCUUUCAAAAAUUUCCAAUAGAAUAGAAAGGUUUGACAUUUUGCAUUUUUGUUUUGUGUUGAAUCUAUAUUUUACCUUAAACACAAACCUAAUAUUUUAGUGCUUAACUAAUUUCCAGUAAUAUACAGCAACACUUGUGAACAAUUCAACAUAAGCAGUAUUGUUUCAGAAUUUCAAGAGUUUCUUAGUCAUACUCAUUGUUAGAAAGAUUCUUUUGGUCAUACUUGGGAAUUUUUACUUGCAGAUGUCGAACUGAAUAAUAUGCCUUUGGCAGAUUAAUUACACUUGACUAUAAAGCAAUCAAUUACUAAUUUCCAAUGGCUACUAAAGCUAGUUUAUAACAACUUUGUUGUCGAUCCCUAAAAUGAGCGGUCGAGCAGCCCAGUACAUGUUUGGUACUGUACAUAUUCUGGUAAACUAGGGCCACAUGACUACUGGGUUGUUCCACCCAGGUUUUGUUAUGCUUACAUGUUUUUUUUUGUGAUCUGUCACUGUCCUUGAUUCUUCAAUAAGCACUUAAAUUUUCUUAACUUUUUAAUCUGUUUAUAUUUUUUGAGUAGGCAUGUAAGUUUUAAGUACAGUCCAAUCAUUUGUGACUAAUUAAUACAGUGAAUGGUAAUGUGUUACUGUUGUAGAUAUAUUUUCCGCCUCAAUUGUUAGUACUGUAGCAUAAACCAAAUACAGUGUAGACUGCAGUGCCCCUUCUAUGAAGAGACUUAAAUUUGGGAAGAGGGACUGAGUGAGUGUGUGAGUGAGAGCAAGUGUGUGUGAGUUCUAUACAGUAUCUGGUGCAUACAUUUAUUAGUAUUGAGAAUAAGAGCAUAAUUUAUUUUGUGCCAUGUGUUGAUUUCAUCUUUUGAGUAAUGAUCAUCAGAGGUCUAAUUAUUGCAGAAUGGCACUAAGCAAGUCAGAUAGCAUAGGUUGUUUUAAAUUCUUGUUGCUAGACAAGCUAGUCAAGGUUUGAAGUCUUUGAUACCUGUGUUUAUUUUUUUUUAAAUCAUGUUUUGUAAUGCAUUGUCAGUCCAGCUAUAGGCCUUGCAGGUCAGCCUUUUUCAUUCCAAGUCCCAUUUUGUGUCUCCCUUCCCCAACACGAAGGCUGCCAAAACCUCAGGGAGUUGAGCUGUCGACAUGCACGUGUGCUCCAUGUUCCUCCCACAUUUGUUUAAAGAAACUCACCAGUUUGUUCCCCCAAAUAGCAUUUUCUUAGUAAUGCCAUCAAAAUUGAUGGAAUGCAUGGUUACUAGGGCCUAUUAGUAUUGGUUCAUUAAUGCAUUUCUUGUCUGUGUCAUCAUAAAAGUAAUGUAUUUUUAAAUGCUUGCUACUGUUACUAAUUAUGUUAACUUAAAAACAAAAAAAAAUUAAAAGUGUAAAUAACGUGGGAUUGAACAAUUUGAUCUGCAGAAACUUUGUCAAAUCACAUCUUGAAAAAGCUUUUAGCUCUUCAGAUCUUGAAACCAGCGUUCAAGGAUUUUCUUUCCCUUUUCAAAAUGUCUGUUUACAGUAAAGGGUGAUUGGGUUGUAUGUAAUUAACUAAAGCUGCUACAUGGGGUUUCUGACCAGGCAUGGAAAUGAUAGGGACAGCAUGGAAAUGUAUAGUGAAAUACAUAAGCAUAGAACAUGAAGCUGAAAUGCUGAAGUGCUAAGGAGCAUGAUAUCUUUUUUGACAUUAUAGUACUUCAUAAUUGUUUGAUUGCUCAGUGUAUUUUUGCUACCAGAGUGAAAUUGGUGACUGGAACAUGUUGCUGUGUUCAAAUACAGUAUUUCUUAACCAUAACCAGUAUUUGGCAAUUGCAUACAUUGCUGGUUAUGUAUUUCCAAAUGAAAAGACAUAACUCAGUUAAUAAAUUUGAGUUUAAGAAAUUUUGUUUGCUUAAUGCAAAAGAAUAAAACACUUUCCAUUGCAUUCUUUGGAAAAAGAAUAUCCAUAUAUAAAGGCAAUUGCAGUUAGCAAUCUACUUGGCACUUGUGGUUGACAAUUUGAUGUUGGUUUCCCAUGUAUAAUGACUGACCUAGUAAAUAUCAGUAAACUUCCGCCCUACAAACAAAGUAUUAAGACAUCUGAAAUGGGACGUGGAUGAGGGAUGCAAGAGAGAAAGGAGUGUUAGUAGCCUUUAGUAGAAAUUCAGAGGUAAAACUAUGUUUGUCACUGCGUGGUAAAGGGGGGAAUUAGUUCUGGUAUUGAUAUUUACAUUAUUCAUCUAAUAGCUGGAAGAUCUUUCUCUUAACAACUUCAGGAGACUAGUAAUUUAUUUUUUAAGAUUUAGUCUUAUCUGUUUAUUCCCAAGUGUUCUUAAUGCUUGCAGUUUGCCCUUGUCUUUUGGUGAAAAGAUGCAUGUAUUUUGUUUCCGGUUUUUAAUUUUAAAAUUUUGAUACACAACCAAGACACUUCGAUUCACUUUAAGGACUUUAGUUACUUCUCCUUUCUGAAAAUUUGACAAGGAGGAGAAAGUUGUGUUUUAACUACAUAGAAUGGCCAUCAGUUAAUUGCAAGUGAAGACAAAAAUUUCAUGCCAUUAAAGCUGAAAAGAGCAGCAUAAAUGUCAAAUAAGUAGGGCUGCAUUAUUACAGCAGUAUUGGACUAGUAUGUGUUAACGUGAUUAGAUUAGAUGGCCUGAAGGGCCGUAAGUGGAACAAACUAUUGUGCAAUUAUAAUUUUUAUUCUACAAUGGGUGUGUUCAACGAACAGUAACUUCUGAAACUAGUUUUCAUUUGGUUGUUAAUUUAAAGCCAGAUACAUCACAGGAGUAGUGGCAGUCUCUGCAAAAUACACCUGUCAACCAAGCUUUUGUCUUGCUGCUGUAUUGGUGAGAUGGAAUAAUUUUUCUAGCCAAAAAAUUAACAGCAUAUUAUACAAACAAUUAACAUUUUCUGGUAUACAUUGAAUUAUGAAGUGAGAGAAUUGGCCUCACUCUGGUUAGAAGUUGUGUGGCUACAGGUUUAUAAUUUUUUUUUAAUUGUGAAUCCUGAAUGUGUUAAGCACCUUGCUUUAAAAAAUAGUUCUCUGCUACUUUGUGCUGAAGUAAAAUACUGUAAUUUCUUCCUCCCUCUUGUUCAAAAAAGAAAACAUCUGCUAAUUCUGCCUUAUACAGAAUCCCUCUAUGUAUCAUUGUGUAAGAUUUACUUCCUGGGCUGCUUGCAUUACAUUAGAAAUGCAUUUUGCACACUCAGGUUUUGCUGAAGCUCCAGUAAUGUUUGCUUGAGCUGAUGGUAUUGAGCUAUGCACGUUUUUGAGUUAAUAGAUUUCUUCCCAUUCAAUAUGUUUAUGUUCGUUUGUGUGUGUGUAUGUGUGUGUGUGCGCUGUACUUUGCAGUUUAAUUUCCAUGGUCAGGGUCAGAUGAACAUAUCUUGAUGGGCCAAUGACCAGUUAGCAGUGUAGAAUUCAUCCUAUCCCCUUUACCCCUUGAAAUAGUACAAGCAUCAAUAUGUUUGUGGAUUGCAUUGUAAAUUCAGAUUCUGCUUGCAUUAAGCAGAAGUUCAAUAAACAAAAUGACCCAACUUUUUUUUCAUGUAUUUGUCACCUAUUUGUAUGUCUCAUAAUUGUUAAAACUAUAAUCUAUAUCACAAACGUUUUAAAAGUUCUUAUUUCUAACAUUUGUAAAGAACUGCAUAAUUUCUGAUUAAACUGUUGCUAUUUUCAA